GACAACAAUAUUUUUCAUACAUACAAUAAUUUUGUCGAAUUUGGAAUACCUGGUUUCACCAAACAUGACGAGAAUUCUCAGAAAUGAGCAGUCCCUGCAUACAAUCACAACAGCUAGAGAACGUCAGUUGGCCUUGAAUUCGCCCAACAACAUUUCCACAGGAAUAUUAUUUGGUGAUAACAUCAUUCUUAACUCAGGCAGUGCUGUCGACCAUAUAAUAAGACCUAUUAAAAUCCGCGCUGGAUGCGAACUUGGAUCUAAAUUGCAUAUAAAAGCAAAUGUCUGCCUUGGGGACAAUGUAAAACUCGACCAUUACACGCAAGUUGAAGAGAACGUGAGUAUCUUGCAAAACACUAAGAUCAAAUCUGAUGUGAAGGUUGGGAAAUCGAUUAUCAUUGGUGAAGCAACUUCGAUAGGUGAAAAGUCGAAAAUUGGCGCUGGAGUGAUAAUUGGAGCAUAUUGUAUUAUUGGGGCGAAUGUAUCCAUCGAAGCCGGUGCACUCAUACAGAGUGAGGUGCAUGUUGGAGAUGGAACACGAAUUGGCAAAGGCUCGUGGGUUCUCAAUGGAGCGAAGCUCGGUCGGACGGUUGUGAUCAAGGGGGAUGCCAAAGUUCGGCAAGAUGCAAAAAUUGGAAAUAGAGCUUACAUAGACAGAAACGCUGAUGUGCUUAGAGGGGUACAGAUAGGUAUAGGAAUCACUGUAGAUGAAGGUGAGAUAGUUGAGAAAAUUCCUGAUGUUCGUGGUGCACAUUAGUAUAGCAGGCAUGAAAAAAUACUUGCUGCUAUACUUUUCAGUCUCGUUAUUCCAUAGCUAGACAUACAUUAAUAAACUUGCGUAGUUGCUCAAAGAUAUACUCAACUUCUGGUGAUUUGAAGCAUGAAAGUGGGCAGAGUUCAUCUAUCACCUACUAAAAUUAAACUUUUAAUCGUAAUGUCCUGGAAUGUUUCGCUUGCAGAAAUCAAUAUGAAAGCCCCCA